CCUUUCAAAUCUACAGAAUGUGAGAAAAGCUUUAGAUGGAAGUCUCAUCUACUAGAACCCCACAAAAUUCACACAGGUGCUAAACCACACUCAUGUACAGAGUGUGGCAAACAUUUUACACAAAUGAAUCAUCUGAAAUCUCAUGAAAGGAUUCACACAGGAGAAAAGCCUUUCACGUGUACAGAGUGUGGAGAAAAGUGUGGAAAAAGUUUUACACAAAUGCAUUGUCUGAAAACUCAUGAAAGGAUUCACACAGGAGAAAAGCCUUUCACAUGUACAGAGUGUGGAAAACGUUUUAUACAAAUGAGUCAUCUGAAAACUCAUGAAAAGAAUCACACAGGAGAAAAGCCUUUCACAUGUACAGAGUGUGGAAAAUGUUAUACACAAAUGAGUAGU